AUGCCCGAGAUAACAAUCACCGGCUGGACCACGAGGGAUGUUCGGUUCCCGACCUCCCUCGACAAGACCGGGUCCGAUGCCAUGAAUGCGGCGGGAGACUACUCUUCUGCCUACUGCAUCCUCCAGACCGACUCCCAGUACACCGGUCAUGGCAUGACCUUCACCAUCGGCCGCGGCAACGACAUCGUCUGCGCGGCGAUCAACCACGUCGCGGAGCGCAUCAAGGGCCGCACCCUCUCCUCCCUCGUCGACAACUGGGGCCAGACGUGGCGCCACCUCGUCAACGACAGCCAGCUGCGCUGGAUCGGCCCGGAGAAGGGCGUCAUCCACCUCGCCCUCGGCGCCGUCGUCAACGCCAUCUGGGACCUCUGGGCCAAGGUCCUGGGCAAGCCCGUCUGGCGCAUCGUCGCCGACAUGUCCCCGGAGGAGUUCGUCCGCUGCAUUGACUUCCGCUACAUCACCGACGCCGUCACGCCGGAGGAGGCCGUCGCCAUGCUCAAGGAGUCCGAGGCCGGCAAGGCCCAGCGCGUCAGGGACGCCGAGAACAGCCGCGCCGUGCCCGCCUACACCACCAGCGCCGGCUGGCUCGGCUACGGCGAGGACAAGAUGAAGGCCCUACUACAGGAGACCCUAAGCAAGGGCUACAGGCACUUCAAGCUCAAGGUCGGCAGCAGCGUCGAGCAGGACCGCCGCCGCCUGACCAUCGCGCGCGACGUCAUUGGCUACGACAAGGGCAACGUCCUGAUGGUCGAUGCCAACCAGGUCUGGUCCGUUCCCGAGGCCAUCGAGUACAUGACCAAGCUCAAGGAGUUCAAGCCGUGGUUCAUCGAGGAGCCGACCUCGCCCGACGACAUCCUCGGCCACAAGGCCGUCCGCGACGCGCUCAAGCCCUACGGCAUCGGCGUCGCUACCGGAGAGAUGUGCCAGAACCGCGUCAUUUUCAAGCAGCUCCUCAUGUCUGGCGCCAUCGACGUGUGCCAGAUCGAUGCCUGCCGCAUGGGUGGCGUGAACGAGGUCCUGGCUGUCUUGCUGAUGGCCAAGAAGUACAACAUUCCUAUUGUCCCUCACUCUGGCGGAGUCGGCCUGCCGGAGUACACCCAGCACUUGAGCACCAUCGACUAUGUCGUCGUGAGUGGCAAGCUGUCAGUCCUCGAGUACGUCGACCACCUGCACGAGCACUUCCUCCAUCCCUCUGUCAUCAAGGAUGGAUACUACCAGACGCCGAUGGAGGCCGGCUAUAGUGUGGAGAUGAAGCCGGACAGCAUGGAUAAGUUCACCUUCCCAGGUGAGCCCGGCGUCAGUUGGUGGAGGAGCGACGAGGCCAAGCCGAUCCUCGAAGGCGAGAAGAUCUAA